AGCUCAGUCACCGGUCGUCUCUUGUGUGUCUCUGUGUGUGUGUGUGUGUGCGUGCGUGCGUGCGUGCGUGUGUGUGUGUGUGUGUUGUGUGUGUGUGUGUGUGUCAGUCAGGUCGAGUGAGCUCAGUGACCGGUCGUCUCUUGUGUGUCUCUGUGUGUGUGUGUGUGUGUGUGUGUGUCGGUAUGAGAGCGGCGGGCUGCUUCAACCGGGUGGUCCUGGCACUGUUCGGGCUCGGACUCGUGUACAACCUGGGCAUGUUCCUGCGGGCGGGGGUCGAGCCGGAGCUGGACGCGCCGCGGGUGGUGAAGAGCCUCUCCGAGCUGCAGAAGAGCGUCAGCGGCAUGUACGAUGUACUGCGAGCUUUCGAGCAGAAGCAGGACGCCAUGCAGAAGAUGCUCGAGCACGACAGAGACACACACAGGAAAGCUGCGGAGGUCCAGAAGCAGCCGCCAGAGCAGAUCGAGCAGCCCGAAGCGAAGAAGAUCCAGGAGCCCAAAGAGGCGCCCAAAGCGGAGAAGUCCAAAAAACUGUACCCCGACUCUGCCCUGUUCAAAGAGUGGGGGGACAACUUGUCCGAGGACGACCAGAGAGAGGCUGAGGGUCUGUUCAAGAAGUACGGAUACAAUGUUUUCCUCAGCGACCGCCUGCCUCUGGACCGAGCUCUUCCAGAUACGAGGGAUCCAAGGUGUGUGAAGAAGACUUAUCCAAAAGACCUGCCAACUCUGGGAGUUGUGCUGAUCUACCUGAAUGAAGCCCUGUCUGUGAUCCAACGGGCCAUGUGCAGCAUCAUCAACCGCACCCCCAAGAACUUACUGAAGGAGAUAAUAUUGGUGGACGACAGCAGCUCUAAUGAGGACCUGAAGGGCAACCUCGACGGCUACGUGAAGUCGAUCGAGCAAAAGAACCCGACUCUCCGCGUCACUCGAGUGAGGCACAACAAGCAGCAAGGACUCGCGUUCGCCAGAGCCUCCGGGUGGAGAGCCGCGACCGCCGACGUGGUGGCCAUCCUGGACGCGCACAUCGAAGUCCAUGAGAUGUGGGCCGAACCCCUGCUGACUCAAAUCAAAGCCGACCGAACAGUGGUGGUGUCCCCCGUGUUUGACCGGGUCAACUUCGAUGACCUCAAGGUCAUCCAGUACUUAGCGUCGGCGCACGCCUUCGACUGGGCUCUGUGGUGCAUGUACGAGGGUUUUACGCCCGAGUACUACAAGCUCAACGACAGCUCACUGCCCGGGAAGAGUCCAUCCGUAAUGGGAAUCUUUGUGGCCGAUAGGACGUUCCUCGGAGAAAUAGGAGUCCUCGAUGAAGGAAUGAAGGUGUACGGCGGAGAAAAUGUUGAGCUGGGAAUUCGUGUGUGGACAUGUGGAGGCAGUAUUGAAGUGGUCCCUUGCUCCAAGAUCGCCCACAUCGAGAGGAACCACAAGCCCUACAUGCCCGACCUGGCCCCCGCCAUGAAGAGAAACGCCCUGAGGGUAGCGGAAGUCUGGAUGGAUGAAUACAAACACAACAUCAACUUGGCUUGGAACUUGCCAUUCGAGAAUCACGGGAUUGACAUCGGGGAUGUCUCUGAGAGGAAAAAACUGAGAGAAAGGUUGAAGUGUAAACCUUUCAAAUGGUACCUGGAAAACGUGUAUCCCAAACUGGAUCCCUGGGGAGACCUAGUUGCAUAUGGAGGAAUGAAGAAUCUUGAUGCUGACAUGUGCUUAGACCAAGGCCCAGUUCCAGGUCACACGCCUAUCGCCUACCACUGCUACUACUACGGACCACAAAUCGCAUAUUACCGGACGACUGGUGAGCUCUACAUCGGAAACAUCAAGUCCCACAAGUACAAUGACAACCGGUGUAUGACAGAUGUUGGCAAUAAAGAAACUGAACCUGGCCUCUACAACUGCAAAGAGGCAAUGCAGAAAGGAAUGGGCGUAUACUGGGACUUCACUCAGGGCAAAGAACUGAAGAAUAGACAGACAAAACGAUGUCUGGAGAUCAAAGAUUCCAAACUCCAGAUAUUGGAAUGCUCUGGACAAAGAUGGGAGAUCCAAAACGUAAUCAAAACCUUUUAAAGUGUCCGUGUGGGGAAAAAAAAUAAAGGGGAGCACUUCUCGGGUCAUAGGUCAGUGGACGAAACCGGCCGAACUCGUAAGAUGUUCCCAAAGAAAAAAAAGUAAAUGAAAUGUGACCACCAUUAUGACUGUAUUUAAUUGUCUUAUGUGGGAUAAAUCUUAAAUGAAAUGUAUUGACUUUACCCUGAAAAACUGAUCUUUUGUCUCACAAUUAUUUUCAUUAUUAAAAUAUGUCUGGGUUUUUUUUUUAUCUUUAAUCUUGGCUCUUCUGUGUUCAGCUCUGCUGACCAGGUAUGAAGAGCAACACUGUUACAGUAUACAAAUGCUAAUACCAUGGGAAUAAAAAAACCUGUCAUGUAGGCUUUGUAUAGUUGUUGUUGCCGUUUUGGCAGCAGUGGCCAUUAAUCAAAAGACAUCACGGAAAGACGUUACAGAUGGCUACAGAUUGUCUGCUGUGAAUCAUUCAAAGAAUUUGGAGAGGGUGUGGUGUCCUUCGACAUUGCUGUCCUCCGUGUUUUAAGGUCGGCCAUGCCCCUCUCUCUCUCUCUCUCUCUCUCUCUCUCUCUCUCUCUCUCUGUCUCUCUGUCUCUGUAUCUGUUUUGGAUCAGCCACACCUGUAAACCUGUUUUUUCUUUCUGCCUUUUCUGAAAUUGUGUUUCAUUUGUAAUCUGUUAAUCAUUUAUCUGAUAAUACAUGUCACUUAAUUGUUUCUGUUUCUGGCCACUUUAGUUUAAAUUUACAAAGGUUUUGAAUGAACUGUUAUGUAACUUCCUGUGUAAUAAAUGAAAUUUAAUUUCC